UUACUUCCCCCGCUCCACACUCUUUUAAAGAGAGAGAGCGAGAAGAAGAAUCCAAAAUUUAGAGAGAGAAACCGUGUGCGCCGCGAAAUACCAUGUCGCUCCCCAGUCCAUAAGCGGUCGGCCAUGUCCAUACGGCGCCUCAUCGCCGCCUCCAAUGCCGCCGUCGACCUUUUGAGUUUUGUCUUUUAUUACAGGAAUGGCUCAAUCUCCGGACCACUUCUCCGCCGCCACCGCCGCCACCGCCGCCACCGCCGCCGCUAGCUUGUACUGCGCCGAGGACGUCGAGGACGUGGUUUCCUGGGAUUCCGAUACGUGGAUCUCCGAUCCAGGAUCGUCGCCGUUGGUUUACGCCCAUUCUCCGCCGUUCGAUGAAUCGACCAUCGAGCGGUUCUUCGGCUCCGAGCCGGACCAUCGUCCCAUGGAGGACUACCUCUGCCGGUGCCGAGACCGGUCGGUGGACGUCACCUCCCGGCAGGACUCCAUUAACUGGAUCCUAAAGGUGCAUGCAUACUACCACUUCAGACCAGUAACGGCGAUUCUCUCCGUCAACUACUUGGACCGUUUUCUCUCUCGUCAUGCUCUUCCGCAAGGCAAUGGGUGGCCGUUUCAGCUGUUAUCUGUGGCAUGUUUGUCUUUGGCAGCGAAAAUGGAGGAAACUCAUGUACCCCCACUACUUGACCUCCAAAUGUUUCAGACCGAGUUCGUGUUUGAACCCAAAACUAUUCAGAGAAUGGAGCUAUGGGUCAUGGACAAUCUCAAUUGGAGAUUACGCUCUGUCACUCCCUUCGAUUUCAUCGAUUACUUCGCCUCCAAGCUCCCCUGCUCUUCCGCUUCCAGGCACGACCUUCUUACCAGGGUCUUCUCCGUUUCUGCCGAUCUCAUUCUCAACACCACCCGUGUCGUCGAUUUCUUGGGGUUUUCACCGUCCGUUAUUGCAGCGGCUGCCGUGAUUUCCGCCUCCGGCGAGAGGGUUGAUUUUCCGGCGGGUGGUGACUGGACACCGGAGUCCUUUUACGAGAGAGUGGACAGAGAAGUGGUGAGAAGCUGUCACCAACUAAUGGAGGAGUACCUGAUCGACACGUGUCCAUCGGCUCCGCUCAAAGACCUCCGACCUGAGCCGCCGGCUCCAGCUAGUCCAGUCGGCGUGCUGGAUGCGGCUGCCUGUAGGAGCUGCGACACGCGUUCCGAGAAUCCUGGACUCAGCGAAGCCAAUCCACCACAGCCACCGCCGCCGAACAAACGGCCCCGAUUCUCUGCUCCGGGUGUACAGCAACCGUAGAUAAGACCGCCACCUCCUUCACCCUCCUCUCUUUUGCCCUCUUUUUUUUCCCAAGAGAGAAAAGCUUCCCUUUUUGUUGUCAUUCUCUUUGUCGUUGAUUAUAAAAUGAACGGUCAGGAUCAGAUGGUCUGACGGAAGAGGCAUUUUGGUUAUUUAUUAAAAAUAUUUUUAUAAGAAUUUAUAUAUCUUUGUUGAAUGGCA